CACACACGCACACACACAGACACAGUGGAGGCGGCAACCUUGCGGCCGCGCGUUUUCCUGUUGCACCUUCAGACUCGUUUCUGCCAAACCAAGCAUGAGCAGCGGUUACUCUGUCACAUUUACAUUUUGUUUUCAUUUUGUUUCACUUUGUUUCGCUACUUUAAAACGCUCACCUUGACGUGUUUCUUCUUUCUUGGCGCUGAGAGCCAGUGGAGUGAUCAUCCAGACGCAUAGAUUGGGGAGAAAGACUGCGUUUUUUUCCAUCCUAACUAUACGACCACUGCUGUUAAUUCGACAGCCGCUGGGCAAACUUCCCAGAUGCUCCCUCGUCGAUAUUCUGCCGCCGUCUGUGACAAGGUUUACUGAACGGAGGAGACAAAGAUCGGCGCGAAGAGGAAGACUAACAGACUCGUGACGGUAAAAGGUACAAGUGAAGUCAUCACAAGCGUGAUGCAUGUGGUGAGAACUUCCUGCCUUGGCUGUCCUCCUGUGACACAAUCGCUCUUUUCUUAAGCGUCACCAUGCUGUUUGGCAAGCAGGUAUUAUGUCUGAAAACACGUCAAGCGGCUGAGUGUGUGGGAUGAGAGUGCACAGAAAGCAGAGGAGGGGAAACAACAACCAUGCUGGAGAAUUACCAGCUGGUUUACAUUGGCCUGGAGCUGGUGAUCGCUUGCCUGGCCGUGGCUGGGAACGUCCUGGUCUGCUGGUCCGUCUGCAUCAACUCCAACCUGCAGAGCAUCACCAACUUCUUUGUGGUGUCGCUGGCGGUCGCUGAUAUUGCCGUGGGGCUGCUGGCAAUCCCCUUUGCUAUCUCUAUCAGCACUGGUUUCUGCGCCUACUUCUACGGCUGCCUGUUCAUCGCUUGCUUCGUCCUGGUGCUCACUCAGAGCUCCAUCUUCAGUCUGCUGGCCAUCGCUGUGGACCGCUACAUCGCUAUCAAGAACCCACUCAGGUACAGCAGUCUGGUGACAGAGCAGAGGGCGAAGGGCAUCAUCGCACUGUGCUGGGUUCUAUCAGUGGGCAUCGGCCUGACACCCAUGUUCGGCUGGCACACAGGUUUGAACUCCACCAUCACCACCAGCAGAAACAGCUGCCCUGAGGGAAUGACCCGCUGCUUGUUUGAGGGGGUGGUUCCCCUGGACUACAUGAUCUAUUUUAACUUUUUUGGCUGCGUGUUGGUCCCUCUGUUGAUCAUGCUGGUCAUCUAUGUCAACAUCUUCAUGGCGGCACGGCGGCAGCUCCGACUAAUGAGCCUAAAAGUUGCACAAACGCCUGCGUCCGGACAGAAAACAAUGUGCUCGAGCUCGUCUCGUUCAGUCCUGCAGAGGGAAGUCCAUGCUGCAAAAUCGCUGGCCAUCAUCGUGGGUUUUUUCGCCGUAUGCUGGCUUCCGCUGCAUAUCAUCAACUGUUUCAACCACCUCUGUCGGGGCUGCAAGCGGCCAGACAUCUGGGUGAUAAACAUUGCCAUCAUCCUCUCCCAUGCUAACUCUGUGGUGAACCCCUUCAUCUAUGCCUACCGCAUUCAGGAGUUCAGACUGACCUUCCGGAGGAUUCUGUACCAGCACAUCCUGGGGAAGAGGGAUGGCUGUGGGUUCGGGAGUGCCGCUGGAAGAGAGACCAACAGUAUCAUGCGGACGUCUUCCCGUAUGAGUAAAGAGCGUUCAUCAAGCGGCACAUUGGUAAAUAGUUAUGUCCUGGACCACAGUAUUGACCAGACUAGACCAAAGGAUGCUCAUGAAUCCUCUCCCCAGUGGACAUCAAUUUUAGAUACUACACAAAGCAGCUACAUGCCCAAUGGACACGCAGCAUGCAACAUUGCAGCUUCCUAUCUCGGGGGAACAACAGAUGUUCUGGAGGUGAACGACAGGGGAACCUGCAUUGCUUUUGUAAAUGUUCAGGCUCUUAAACAGACUGACUGUACCCGCUGCCCUAAACUUACAGAAAUCUCAUGACGAAGAUAUGAUGUCUGUAUUUAAAAUAUUUUUCUGUUGCUACAACACAUAUGCCAUUGUACAAACAUGAAAAAGGAUUAAUGAAGUCCCAGCAGAUCAACACCAGCAGCUAAUCUGUUCAUCUGAGGUCACAUAAACUAGUUUUCAGGUGAUAUUUUUGCUGUCAUAAACCAUCUCUGAAUGCACAAACACAGCACACUUUAUGAAAACCAGGUGGAUGUUUAUUUUCAGCUUUUAUUUUCUUGACAUGCUGUAAAAUUCCAUCUGUUGAAUGUGUUCUUCAUCCAAGAUGAAUGCUCUUUUUAAAAUUGCCUGUAUUAAAAAUGUGCUUGUAAAUAUAAAUAUAUAAUGUACUGUA